UUCUUAAGGGCUUUUUAAUUUUUUUUUUUUUUUUUUGAAGGAAAAGACAAAAUAACAAAUGCCUGCUCAGUACAUUAUUUCCUGUGUCAUGCUUUUUGUCAAUAUGACAGAGGAGUAUUCCUGCAGAAGGCAAAGCUGCCCCCAAAAGUGCAGGGUGCUGCCCCCAGGGCUUCGAGCUGGGCAUCGUGAAUUCUCUUCAAGUUGUCAAAGUCCUGGGAAGUUUUGAUAAGCAAAUACUUUGUGGGCUCUGCCUCUUAUUGGCUGUUUCUUCACCGCCAGAUUUUGACACAAAUAAUCUGAUUGAAAAAUCAGGGAGGGGAACAGGGGAAAAAAAAAAAAAACAGAGAGAAAAAAGGAGAAGUAUCUAUUUCAACUGACUGCGACCAAGUGAAAAAGUGGAAGAGGAGUCCUGAGAGGACGACGUCUCGCUUGUCUGGGGAGAUUCCAAGGCAAAUCCAGUAAAGCAAAGUCCCUCAAACAGGACCUGUGGGUUUGGGUACUGAGAGCUGUUGUGCAGUGAAGUGAGUGAGGGCUUCAUGAGGAACACAGGAUCCAGGAAAAUGAAGAUCCUGGAGUCAGAAGCCACCAAGCCCAUUUGCAAUGUUUCAGUGCCCCAUUAGAGUUUUACCUGGGAUACUCUGCAAAAUUAUCCAAAAGCGUUGCUGAGGAUGAAGGAACUUUGAGUUUGAAAAUGGAAAUGCUUUUGGAUCUGACUGGGGAAUUUAUAACUGGUGAAAGAAACCCUUCUAAGGUGCUUCAGAAGGUGAAUGGAAGAUGCCACGUUCCUUUUUGGUGAAGAGCAAAAAGGCUCACACCUAUCACCAGCACCGCUGUGUGGAAGAUGACCUGCCAGUACUCACCUGGGCUCCAGUCACCUCUGCCUUCACUGCCACAGGAGACAGGAGACCAGAGGACAUCACUAAACAGGACCUGGGAUGUGUGGUUCCCAAACAAGAAAAGGACCCACCUGAACUGAAAGAAGACAGUGUCCCUGUCCAGUACCUGAGCAGGAUGCUGCCAGGCCCUUCAGCUCCAGAGAUGGCCAUGCCAGGGCUGCAGAUCAAGGACUGCACUAACACAGCGAGCACCCCGACCUUCUACAAAGCUGGCUUUUCCUGGGAUGCUUUCCACAUGCCAUACAGCUACCAGCAGAUGUCUUCCAGCAUGCAGUCAGCCCUGCUGGAGCACCCUGUGAGCCUGUAUGGGAGCCACCUCCUGCCCAGCACCGAGCCCCCCCUGGAUUACAGCCUGCAUUAUUCCUCAGACAUGGACACCUUCCACUGCGUGAAGUGCAACAAGGUGUUCUCCACUCCCCACGGACUGGAGGUCCAUGUCCGAAGGUCUCACAGCGGGACCCGUCCCUUUGCUUGUGAAGUGUGUGGCAAAACCUUUGGGCACGCUGUGAGCCUGGAGCAGCACACCAACAUCCACUCCCAGGAAAGAAGCUUUGAGUGCAAGAUGUGUGGGAAGACAUUCAAACGUUCCUCCACCCUCUCCACUCACCUGCUGAUCCACUCGGACACGCGGCCCUACCCCUGCCAGUACUGCGGGAAGCGCUUCCACCAGAAGUCAGACAUGAAGAAGCACACGUACAUCCACACAGGGGAAAAGCCCCACAAAUGCCAGGUGUGUGGCAAAGCCUUCAGCCAGAGCUCCAACCUGAUCACCCACAGCCGCAAACACACGGGCUUCAAACCCUUCAGCUGCGAGCUCUGUGCCAAGGGCUUCCAGCGCAAGGUGGAUCUGCGCCGGCACCGGGAGACCCAGCACAGCCUCAAGUGAGGGGUCUUUGCUGGAGCUCCCCCUUCAUGCUCCAGGGAACAAGGCUGUCCACAGCACCUCCAUCCAGCUCAAAAAGCUCCCAUGGUGUCCCGUGUUCCCCUGGGGACUGGCCAAGUCGUGCGUUGGCUUUGGUGUUUGGCACCACAAGGCCUUGCACAUUCCAAAGAAACCUGGGGGAGCUUUCACUUUUUGAUUGCAACAGGUACCAGCCCUGAUCUGACAUCACCUGCUCAAGUGUAAAUCCAGAGGAAUUCCUCCAAGGUCACUGCUACUCUGGCUUUACACCAGGAGCAGACUCCAGUUCAUCAGGCUGCCCGGUGGGGAGGAGGGGACUCCUGGGCUGGUGGCAGCAACAAUCUAUACAAAGCUGGUGCUGUAACCAUGUUCUGCUCCGAUGGUUGGGAAGAUAAGCCCAGGGCAUGCAAAUAGAUUGCAUUCAGUCAGCUGUGUUCAACCUGGACUGGCCUUCUGCAGAGACUUGCCCAGGCCAUAAAUUCUGCCAACAGACACCUUAAAGUCAUUUCUUUCAGCAGAGCAUUUACUGUGAUCAAAUGACAAGUUAACUGUGCUGUAUUUUUAGCUUGGAGUGGGAGGAAAACACUGAAGAAACAGUUCCUAUCCCUAGCAGAUAACAGGGGUCUCUAAAUACAUUCCUCAGACACACCACACUGCAGAGAUCCCAAGCAGGCUCCAGGAAGAGCCAGACCACAGCACCAGGCACGAGCUAAUAAUCACCCCCUUGUCUUGGUACCAUGGGAGAGUCUGGCUGCUUUUGGAAUCAGGGCUGGCAUGUCCCACAAUAUUUCCCUGCAUGCUGGACAUGCCAGCCUAGAGCUGUCCUGAGCAAUCCUGGGUCACUGCAUGGGCAGGAGUGACCUGGAGAUCGAUGUCAAGGGACAGAUUUCUGCUUGCCAGGCACUCUCCUCAAGGAGGAAGUGGCUGAGCCUGGACAUGUUGGCAGAGCAUGCAAGUACCUCACAAGUAUUAUACAAAGAGAGCAGUGGUAUUUCCUCCUUUUGCCAGGUCUAGGGGUUGAAGCAAAGCACUGGAGCAAGUAAAGAACCAGUUCCCCUCCAAGCUCUGCCAAAUUCUCUCUCUAUAAGCUUUGGCAAGUCACUGCACUUGGCUUUUGUUUUUCCACCCCUCCUGGUGGCAUGGGGCCAUUCACUCAGGUUUGUGGAGUCCCCUGAGCUCUUAACAGGAAGGACAAAGUAUUAUUAUAACAUUAUUGUAACACAGACAAGUGUUUUCAGUUAACUGGGGCAUUGGAGCAGCACAUGGCUCUCUCCAUAGCUGCAUCCCUGAACACACGGCCUUGGACAAUGGCACCACUGGGAAUUCCCUGGGAACAGGCUGUGGCCAUUCACUCCAGAGGCUUAUGAAGGAGUGCCCGUCAUGGGCAAAGACAAAAUGAUCCAAGUGGAAAAUUCAUGUAUUGCCAGGAGAGAACUGCCCUCAGUUCCACUGCUGUAAAUCCCAAGUUAUUCUCCUAAGAACUAAAAUGUUCUUGCCCUUUUAAUGCUGUGCCUAAGCUGUAAGUCAUUAAUAUGUACCUGGAAGCUCAAACCCAGAGUCUGUACUCCUGGCUUUACUUGUACACUGUAAAUAUGUAUUUAUACUUAUUCUAAUGUAUAUUUUUAUUGCACUAUACCAGACAGUGACAUGUACAGGCCUGCUGGGAUUUAUCUGAUAAAUCUUUUCCUUCUUAGUAA